CAAACAAAAUGGCCUCCUCUACUCAGAACACCUCCGUUGGCAAUGCCAACCUUGAAAACUUGUACCAUAUCGUUUUGACGACUUCUCACAUCCAAAAGGAUCCCAAUAGUGUGAUUGAAAAGAUCCGCAUUGCUGGAACAUAUCGCACUCCAGAGGCCGCCAAAGCUGCAGCGCACAGCUGCCUAUUUGAUGCUGGUUACGAGCGAGAGUGGUUCUCACAAUAUGAGGUCGAUCCUGCGGCCCUAGAGAGCUAUAGAAUCCAUCAACGCAUGGGUCUGGUGGUAUUCGCGGUGGCAUCUGAUGGAACAACCUUCCGCAUUUCCAUUAGCACUACUCCCAACAUUGGCCACUUAACGACUGAUAAUGAGGACGGCCGGAUUGCGACCGAUCUCUACUAUGUAGUGCAAACGAAUGUCAAGUAUGCGAACGGCGAUGAAGGACAAGAUCGCGAUGUCAAUAUCGAGGGCAUAUUCAUGAGAGACGACAAGGCGCGAGCCUUUGCACACGGCGUGCUCUUGUCCAAAGAGGACGGAAUCACCAAGGAGAGCUUUGCGGAAUACGAUGAGGCGGGUGAUAACGAGGGAGACUGUGGAUUUGGGGAGAAUGCCGUUAUACAUGCAGUGGGCAUUAAUGGGGAAAACUAUCUGAUCAGUGUUAUCAAAGGUCAGACGUCGGAGAGUAUUAAGCUAGCAGAAGCCGCAGUGCGGAUCUCUUGACCGCUGGGAAUUUCAUAGGAGUCUAGUAGCUAAAUGGAAUUUAAUUGUCGAUUUACUUUACGUUUGAAAUAAAAA